ACUUUAUUCACACAAUUCACACCGCAAAUGACAAAACAAAACCACCUCUCUUUCACACACACUUAUAAAUAAGUGCAGAGCUAGUUGAGGAUUUGCAUAGUUAGGUGAAGGAGAAAAAGAUGGAGUAUUACAAAAUCCAGUUAGUGGCCAUAGUGUCACUGAUGAUUGUGCUUCCAAACACACAAGGGUGGGGAGAAGAUGGGCAUGCCAUAAUUUGUAGGAUUGCUCAGUCUCGCCUCAGCGAUUCAGCCGCAAAUGCUGUGAAAAACCUGCUACCAGAAUAUGCACAAAACGACUUAGGAAAUGUGUGCUCAUGGGCUGAUCGUGUCAGGUUUUAUUUGCACUGGUCUGCUCCAUUGCACUUUGCUGAUACACCUGACAACCUUUGCAAUUAUCAGUAUGACAGGGAUUGCAAGGAUCAGGAUGGAGUGAAGGGAAGAUGUGUAGUGGGAGCGAUUAAGAACUACACUGAUCAGCUCCUCGACUAUGGCAAAAACACUCAAAAUAACCUCACACAGGCUCUUAUGUUCCUUUCUCAUUUUAUGGGAGAUGUCCAUCAGCCUCUACAUGUGGGCUUUACCUCAGACAGGGGAGCCAAUUCAAUUAAUGUUCACUGGUACACAAGGAAACAAAAUCUUCACCAUGUUUGGGAUGUUAACAUAAUUGAGACAGCAGAAGAAAGAUUCUAUGACUCCAACAUAGACGAGUUUACCAAUGCCAUUCAAGAGAAUAUUACGAAAACAUGGUCCGAUCAAGUACUAGGAUGGGAAACCUGCGAUUCUAAGGAGACUGCAUGCCCUGAUAUAUACGCGUCUGAAGGAGUUCAAGCAGCCUGUCAAUGGGCAUAUAAAGGUGCUCCCGAAGGUUCAGUGCUAGAAGACGAUUACUUCCUAUCACGUUUGCCAGAGGUCAGCUUGCGAUUAGCUCAAGGAGGAGUUCGACUGGCUGCAACUCUCAAUCGUAUUUUUGGUUGAUGUAAUGUGAUUUGUUGGACUGUGAAAUACGAAAUGUCUCUAACUCUGUCGUAUAUUUGGCCGAAUGAGGUUUGUUAAAAGAGAAUAAAUUAAGUUCUUGCAA